CUGUUGUAUUGAGAAGUUGGUAACACAGUCAGAUGACGAUGGCACUGGUGUGGUGCGUGUAUGUGUUCUGCAGAAUGACUUGACAACAUAAUUAUAAUUAUAAAAUAAAGUGCUCUUAUACAGUAAAAUAUUGCUUUGUGCUUAUUUAUAAAAUACUACAUGGCGCAGUCGGAAAUAAUGACAAAAUUAAAAGUUGACAGAAAAUUGUGAUAUCUAAGUGAUUAUCUUUUGUGAAAGUGAAUCUGGAAGUACGUUAUGGAUAACGCCAAGGUUCCUGGCCCAUUGAGGUUAGACGGUAAUUUAGCUGAAAAUUUUCGAAAAUUCAAACAAAAUUUUGAGAUUUAUUUAUUAGCUGCUGGACAUGAAAAGAAGGACACCAAAAUAAAAACUGCUAUUCUUUUAAAUGUAAUAGGGGAAGAUGCAGUUGAACUUUACAAUACAUUUAAUCUGGAUGAUACAGGUAAAUCUGAUUAUGACAAAGUUAUCAAGCAGUUUCAAGAAUAUGCCGAUCCAAAAAAGAACAUUGUUAUGGAACGUUUUCAUUUCAAUUCUAGAUCUCAACAGGAAAAUGAACCAUUUAAUAAUUUUUUGACAGACUUGAAAAAACUAGUAAAGUCUUGUGAAUACAAGGACCAAACAGAUAGUUUAAUUCGUGACAGAAUUGUUCUAGGAGUCUUUGAUAAGGGAUUACAGGAACGCUUACUUCGUGUUCAGGACUUAACUUUGGAUAAUGCAAUAGACUUUUGUAGGGCGGCGGAGCUUGGUAAAAACAGGGUUGAGGACAUUGCAAGUAAAUUAAAUCAGAGUGUAUGCAUUGAAAAGACAAAGUCACGGGCUAGACAAGUAGUGUAUUGGCCUGGUCUUAAUAAUGAGAUUGAAAAUCUGGUUUCGCAAUGUCUUAUUUGUGAAAAAUUUAAGCCAAAAAUGUAA